CUUCUCGCGCCAGCUCUUCAGCAUUAACUCCUCCAAUUCAACCAAGACAGACCAUUCUCAAACGAUCGCAAACCUCCAACACCCACCCAAUCCCCCUUCUGAUAAUCACACCUAGGGAAAUACCGUCGCCUUACUCCCCCCCUCUUCUCCCCGAAAGCAGUUUUCAAAUAAAUAUCCUAUCUUAUAUUUCCAACAAUGCGACUCACAGUAGAGUUGAUCCAGAACUCCCUCUCCUACCUCAACCCUCUCAAAGAGCGAGAGCUCGAUCUUCGAGGCCAUAAAAUUCCCGCUAUUGAGAACAUGGGUGCUGCGAAGGACCAUGACGCCAUCGAUUUCACCGACAACGAUAUCUCCUCGAUCUCCAAUUUCCCUUUCUCCCCGCGCCUCCGAACCUUGCUUCUCGCCCGCAAUCGUGUCUCGCAAAUCCACCCGUCAAUAGCAUCGUCGAUCCCAAAUCUAACCACUCUAAUCCUUACUGCGAAUAACAUCGCAGAGCUUGCGGAUCUGGAGCCAUUAAAGGUUUUAACGAAAUUGACACAUGUAUCAUUGUUGGAGAAUCCUGUGACGAGGAAGGAGCACUACCGCCUCUGGGUAAUCUUCUUAUUACCCACAGUACGCUUCCUCGAUUACCAAAGAGUCAAGGACGUAGAACGACACCGCGCCGCUGAGCUUUUCGGCACCCCUUCAAACCCCACGCCACUCACCUCCAAGAUCAUGGGCAUAAAAUCCCGCACUUUUGACGUCUCAGCAUCUACGUUCGGAACCACGACACGUGACGCAUCGUCACAACAAGCCGGUGAAAGGCCAAUUCGUGUUAAACUCACGGAGAAGGAACGGAAACGAGUGGAGAAAAUGAUCCGGGAAGCGAAGAGUUUACAGGAAAUCACGAAAUUGGAACGAGAGUUGAAUGAGGGGAGGAUACCCGGGGGUGCGCUGGGAGAUGGCGAUGACCAAGAAAAGGAUAAUGACACUGAGAUGCAAAUGUAAUUUGUGGGACGACAGUUUUUAAUGAUACAACAAAAUUUGACAACUGUGGGGUUUUCCCUGUUUCAACAAGUCUUCAUUUUUCAUUCCCCCCCACCCCCUCCUGUUCCAAAAGGAAGAAUACAAAAUAUACUGAGCGUUUACGGAAAGAUUAGGGGCUACGGCUUGCUUCAAGGUUGUCAUCUCAUCUGCAUGCUACACAACGCUUUCCUUCUAUAGUCUCAAUAUCUUCGUUCUUAUCAAAUCGAUAAAGACAAGGGAUAUCAUUUCUUACUUCUGGGAUUGGGCGUGAGGUAGUGAGGCAUUGUUUCAUUAUUUUGCUAUUUACAUCUUUUUUUCUAUGGUUGCUCUUCUUUCGUGGUAACUUUCUCCAGGCCUCGACCCUCCUCUAUUUCGGCAAAUAUGAUCAGAACUCACAGCAUGAACCCCCGCCCACCCCCUCCAAAAGAAGAAAAAAAAAAAAAGAAAAAAAAGAAGGCUAAAAAAUCACACCCAUCAAACACAAUAUCAAGUAUUUUCAUAUGAUUUCCUCCAAAGAGGCGUGAAGGCCGCAGCCUAAUAUAUCCCGAAGCAAUCAACAAGCAAAACCAAGUCAACAAACCCACUCACUUACUCACUACUACCCUCCUCUGCUGUCCCACAUUCUAUCCUCAUCAUUCCCAUCCCCACCAUCCUAUACAAGCUUUGCUCCCACCCUCAGAAUAUGCAUCCGUUACUCCUUGCCACCCUGUCAACCACCAAAUUUCCCCUCCCUUCCCCCCUCCCAACCCUAACAUACCAGCACAUCAUCCCCAGAUGCUGAGCCUCCAUCUCAAUAUCCUCGACGGGGCGGACAAGCUGUAUAAACCCGCUCUGGUCUAGUUCAUACAGCGCCUCCUUCAGCCACACGCGGCACGAGAUCUCCUCGCCAAAGCGCUGGGAAUAGGGGACGAUAGGGAUCGUGGGCAGGAGGGCAUGGAAGUCCAGCUGGAGCAGCGGUUCUAUGUUGGAGAUUUUCAGGGCGCAGAGCGGGUUGUGUCUGUGUGUGAAGGAGGUUAGGAGGGUGGUUUUGUAGGCCCAGAGCUUGUCAUUGGAAGGGUUUGGGUUUGUGAGUUCGAAGAGGGUGCCGGUGGGGUUUGUUGUUGGUGGUUCUCCUGCGUUGGCUUCUUGUGGACCUUCUAUUGUAAUUGUAGUGGUAGCUGUGCCUGUUGUUGACGGUGUCGUUUCUGCUGUUUCUGCGGUUGUUGCCGUCUGAUAGCCAGCGGUGAGGAAUAAGCCCCAGUGAAAUCGGUACGUUUCGCCGCGGCCGAAGAGGAGGAUGUAGAGGGAGUAUGGUUCUAGAAUGAGCGGGUCGGCGGGAGUGGUCAUUCUCUUUUCUCCCCCCGUUAUUUUUAAAUUCCCUUUUUCGGUUCCCUCUUGUGGUUAUCUUCUUUUUUCGGAUGGUUAUAGAUGUGAAAAGAAUAAAUUUUAUUUAAAACCAAAUGGCAAUGAACGAAACGAAAUGAACCAAUGAAUUGAAUGAAUUUGCUUUCCCUCUUAUGGAUUCAGACUCGUCC